AGUGCUGCUUCCUGUUACAGAUGCAAGGAAGUUUCAAGAACCACAGCCUCUGUGUUGCCAGUCGUGGAGUUUUAACCUAUAAAUUAUGGGGGAAAUUUCGAGGUGGUUUCUGUGGACUUGGAUUAUCUUGAUCUCGGAUGUGCGUUCGGUUAUGCUGCCAGAAAUAACAGAUGGGACGUUCAUUGAUGAAUGUGUCAAGGAACACAACAGGGCGCGGUCAUCUGUCAACCCGCCUGCAAGCAACAUGAUGCCUAUGUCAUGGGAUGAGGACUUGGCCAUCACUGCAAGAGAGUGGGCAACAAAAUGUCUGUUUGAACACAACCCCAACCGACGGCGUCCUAACUCCAACUCUGUAGGAGAAAACCUUUGGGUGGGCUACCCACCAUCAUUCUUUAAUGUGUUGGGUUCAAUAAAAAGUUGGGACGAUGAAAAACAAUAUUACGACUUCGACAGCCAGGCCUGCACAAAAGUCUGUGGCCACUACACACAGGUUGUGUGGGCAAGCAGCAACAAGGUUGGGUGUGCCGCUCAUCUGUGCCCCGACGGAAUCAAGGAAACUGACUUUGGGAGAAAAGAAAGCGUCAUUUUUGUAUGCAACUAUUCUCCAGCGGGUAACAUGAACAGAAGGAAACCGUAUAAAUCCACCGGUUGGACCACGGCAGAUAGCGGAUCAAGCUAUGUGGGGAUUCUGGUUGUCCGGCCCAUCGCUCUCAUCCUUACCUUCGUCGCAGCUUAUGCAGUCCGACACUUUUACCCUGAUGUCUUCUGCUAUGAAUAGACCUCCUGCAGAGACCUCAAGGACCCGGACUUCAUUGUGUGUGCAGAGGAGAUAUCUAAUGAAAGCUUUAGAAGCUUAGAAGUAUUCCAAAUAUCAUUCCAAAUGUAAAUAUGCAUGUAAAGACAGUUUACUUUGCAGGCUGAACACCUGCUUCCAAAUAUAUACUCUGAUUUCUCAACUUUAGCCGUAGCGCCCCCCAGUGGGAAUGUUGGUACUACCUUUUACAUGCAAUGUGCAAUGUGCUCCAUAUUUCAUAGGUUUGAUGACAGUCACAGCUUCAACUCAUCUACACAUACAUCUUUAUCAUAGUAAUAACGUCACGUAUUUCAAACAGACACAGUUUUGAAUUUGAUGUCAAUCUUAGUUUGAUUAACGGACAGACAUGAACUAUCCUACAGAUGAUAACUUUGUGAAAGUCCUAUCCCUGCCUACUGGUGCAUGUGAGCUCAUCUACAGAUCAGUUUACCUCAUGGUGGUUGUCCCGCAUAUUACUGCACAGUUCUGGUUGCAGCACAGGCACAUCCUGCAGCUGCAUCAGGCCCCAUGAGGACAACGAUGCAAAGGCCUGUUCAUCGCCUCAUGUGCCUUUAAAUUUCAGUUUGUUAUCCUUUUAGUUUGUUAAUAAACACAAUUUCUUUUGUUCAUUUACAGUCUCUCUUCUGGUAUUUUCAGAAAAUUGUUGUCCCCCUCAUCCACUUUUACUUGAACAACGUUGAUAAGGUUGAUGGACUAAUACCAUCUAUGUUACUUAAAGACACGAGUAUCUCCCCAUGUCUUAAACCCAAAGUAAAAUAAAACUGGAUUAAACUCAA